UGACAACUCAUUGUCACCGCUCUGCGCACAUGAUACAAGAACAAGGUGUCUGGCCAAGGAAACAGAACGUGCCAAUCACGAGCGAGUCCGGGUGCCCCACCGACCAAUCACAAAGCGGCUCCAGAGCGCUGCAAGAAGGGAGGAAGCGGCAGGCGCUGCAGGGCUCGUUGCACAAGCGGAGAGGGAACGGCGCUUCUUGAUUCGUGACCGAAGCAGUAGCUGCGCGCCCCCGACCCCGGGAUCCCCCUGAUGAGAGAGAGGCAAUGGCUUCCCGGCUGUCUCUUUCCCACCUGAAGCUGGAGGCUGAGAUUGAGCGCUGCCGGGCGGACUGUCAGUGGGACAGGAUUCGGGGGCUGAUCAAGCAGUGGAACCCGAAGGCGCAGGAGGAGAGCACUGAUGACUUUGCCAACCUGAUGCUGGCCGAGGCCUUGCUGGAGCAGUGCUUAAAGGAAAACGUGGCUAAACUGAAGGAUUCCGUUCUAUUACUGGCAAACAAGGAGCCGAAACUGCAAGAGGCAAAGAAUUAUCUAACUGGCAUUCUAAACAGGGGCAAAUUACUGCCUAAACACCUAACGGAAGCGCUGCUGAUAAUGGGAAAGUUACAUUACACGGAGGGAUCGUACAGAGAUGCAGUCAGCAUGUACGCCCGGGCGGGGAUCGAUGACAUUGCGCUGGACGAUGAGCCCCUCUACCUCAUGCGUCUCAUGGCGGAAGCUUUUCUUAUUAAAGGUCUGUCUCUAGAACGUUCCACUGCAACCAUUGCGUCCCGAGCGAGGCUGUCGGAAAGGGAAGAGGAGGCCAUCGCUUGCUUUGAGAAGGCCAGCUGGAUUGCUCAGGUUUACUUACAAGAGCUGGAGAAGAGCACUAACAGCGUCCACACGAGGGGCUCUAAAGGCAGCUCCCCUUCCCAUGACUUUGAGUUGGGCUUCUUUCUUGAAGCUGCUCUCCAGGGAGCCUACGCUGCUCACUUCAAAAGAGGGAAUGUUUUAAAAGGAAUAAAAGAGCUGAGAGACGUUCUGAGAGUUGCGGAGACCAAAGCCAUGCAGAACUUCAAAACGGCAGCCAGUAAGCAGUUGGCUGAAGUCCUGCUCCAUUCCUUAAGUGAGAACUGCUACUGGAGCCCCCCGCAAGCCUCCCGGCCAGAGCCCCUCAACAAAGACCCCCAUUCUUUUCCCAACAACACUCUCCGUCUGAAGCCACAGACACACACUGGGGAUAACCUGUAUUGCCCUCAGGACAACAUUGAGGAGGCUCUGCUGCUCCUUUUGAUCAGUGAAUCAAUGGCCAGCCGAGAUGCCGUUAUCAGCCGAGCACCGGAGCAAAAAGAAGAUCGUACCAUGAGCCUGCAAAAUGCGUCGGCCGUGUACGACCUGCUGACCAUCACCAUGGCCAGGAGAGGGCAGUAUUCCAUGCUUUCUGAGUGUCUGGAACGGGCCAUGAAACUCGCCUUUGGAGAAUUCCAUUUGUGGUACCAGUUGGCCCUAUCAAUGAUGUCUUGCGGCAAGUUUGCAUAUGCAGUAUCGGUGUUAAAGGAGUGCUGCAAGCUGUGUCCGUCAGACCCCACCAUUCCCCUGCUGGCUGCUAAGGUCUGCAUUGGGCCCCUGCACUGGUUGGAGGAAGGAGAGUGUUUUGCCAAAUUGGUGGUGCAGAUGGGAGAAGGUGCCGGGGACUUUCUCGCAAAGGGUUUUCUGGCUUUGGGGCUCGUGUAUAGUUUGCAAGCCACUGAUGCCACCCAGAAAUGUGAUCAGGAUGAUUUAAGUAAGAAAGGACUUCAGAGUUUAGAAAGAGCUCACCAGUUAGAUCCAGAGGACCCUCAGAUUAUUCUGUAUCUCUCAUUGCAGCUGGGCCUUGUCAGACAGAUAUCAACGGCAAUAGAGCACAUUCAAGAAGGGCUCAAGCUACGUAAGGAUGACCUGCACAGUCUCCAUUUGUUGGCACUACUCCUGUCGGCACAGAAGCAGUAUCAGCAUUCCCUCGAUGUUAUCAACAUGGCUUUAUCCGAAUAUCCAGAAAACUUUAGUUUACUUUUCACCAAGGCUAAACUGGAGCGGGCCCUCUUUGGACCUGAAGAAGCGCUGGUGACAUGCAGACAUAUGCUGUUCCUGUGGCAGAAGCUGUAUAAUUACUCACAACUAAGCGACAGCGAGAGAGAAAGCAGUUUAGCCGAGGUCCCAUUGACAAGGAAACACAGCGGAAUGUUUCUCGCAGUUUCGGACGCACGUGACCCUGAGAAUGGUUCCCAGCGAGCUUCAUCCAUCGCAGCCUCCCGUCUGGAGCAGGCCAUGUCGGAGAUAACCGUGCCCAGCAGCACCCAGAGGCAGGGGCCAAUGCAGCAAUGGGUAACCCUCGAACAGAUCUGGCUACUUGCAGCGGAGCUGUUCAUGGAGCAGCGAGAGCUGAAGGAAGCGGGGUUCUGCCUCCAGGAGGCUGGCAGCCUAUUCCCCACAUCACACACUGUGCUGUACAUGCGUGGGAGGUUUGCCGAGAUGAAAGGCUGUUUGGAGGAGGCCAAGCAAUUGUAUGACGAGGCGCUGGCAGUGAAUCCAGAUGGAGGGAGAAUUAUGCACAGCCUGGGGCUGGUACUGACGAGACUUGAGAGGAAGAGUUUAGCGGAGAAGGUUUUGAGGGACGCAGUGAAGCAGCAGAGCACAUCUCAUGAGGCCUGGAAUGGGCUUGGACAGGUUCUGCAGGAAGAGGGGAAGCACGAGGCAGCCGGGGAAUGUUUCAUAACGGCGCUGGACCUGGAAGCUACCAGUCCUAUCUCCCCAUUCACUGUCAUACCAAGGGAACUAUAAACGUUUAAUACAUUGUACCAACAAAGUGCCUUUCACUCAUAGAGGAGUUUCCACUGAAAAAUUCUAUAUGUAUAUCAUUGGUCACAGAGCUGAUUUAUAAAGUCCUUCCGGCCUUUUUGGGUUUAAAUAUUUGCAGUUGUUUAAAAAUGAGAACAGUAUGAAAAUAGAUCUAUUUUUAUAUAUUUAAAUGAAAGGAGACUUGUUAUGUGCAAGACAGGACCCACUUGUGCCUUAGAGUCCCACACGGAAAGUCAAUGGAAAAACUGGUUUUGAUGAGAACAAUGAAUCUUCAAAUUCGGGAAGUCUAGAAUCGAGAGAUACGAUUUUCAUCAGCAACCUGACUCUUUUCUGAGUAAUAUAUGAUAAUUUAGUACAGGGGUCCCCAACCUUUUUUAACCAUGAGCCACACUGAAUUGUAAAAAAAAAUUUGGAGAGCAACAUAAU